AUGUUCCGCUCGCUGCCCAGUCGCAUCCAGCUCUCUGAGCGAGAGGUCUAUCAGACCCUGCAGCAAGUCAUCGUCGAGCGCGCCGUGCGCCAGCAACUCCAGAACUUGCGAAUGAACGACAUUACAAGUGAUGAUCUACGCUACUGCCAUCUGCGGGCGACGUCGCCGUGGUCCCCGCCAUCUUCACCUUCGACUCCAACAUCAUCAUCAUCAUCAUCAUCAUCAUCAUCAUCAUCAUCAUCAGGGAUCAUUUGCACGCCGAGCGAUACUGAAGCAGUGGAUAUGUUUGAUGACAACGUCUGUCUGCUCGCAGCGUCAUCUCCAAGCCCUAGCUCCAGGGAGGAGGAAGAUUCGUCACCGCCGCUGUCUCUCCUCUCGGACGAGCAUGCUACUACAUACCACCAGAUCAUCCCCGCGAGAUUGGCCCGCGCCAGACUGGCUGUGAACCGUCGAGGAAGACAAGAAUCGACAGGCUCACUUCUUGAAAACGAGGAAGAUGAUAUUGGUGGUGAUGACUCGCCGCCGCUAGAGCAGGGUGCUUUGGCGCAGACGCUGCCUAGUCCGCGGUAUCGGAUUCGACGUGUGGUUGGGUCGGGUCAUCAUGGGGCUUUUUUAUGA